CGUUACCCUUCGCAACGGUAAUUAGGCGUCUCCCUCAGUCUGCAAAACAUUGAAGCUAAACUCGCUUCUUCAGUGAAACCAAUUGUACAUUAACGACACAAAGUGUGCUAAUGCCUAAAAUAAGCUCGGACACAUUAUGGGAUGUGGCUGCAGCAGAAGUGCGCAACAGGGAGAACAGGAGAGGUGAAGAGGAUGCUGAGGAGGAUGCAAACUUCCCCAACGAGAGUACAGUUUUCAUAAUGGGCAGUAAAGCAGGGGGUAAAACAACAAUAUUACUGCGGUUUCUCGACAGAGAUGAAGCACCUAAACCUACACUGGCGUUGGAGUAUACUUUUGGUAGAAGGGCGAGAGGGCAUAAUACGCCUAAAGACAUAGCUCAUCUGUGGGAACUAGGAGGUGGCAUUUCCUUAUCAGAUCUUGUUCAGAUUCCCAUCACAGCUGACAAUAUCAGCGUGUUGUCUGUGGUGCUUGUCCUGGAUCUGUCGAAACCCAAUGCUCUGUGGGAGACCAUGGAGAGGCUGCUCGAGUCAGCUCGAAGCCAGGUGGAAAAAGUGUACACCUCACUCCAAAAGACAGGAGAAUCUAGAUCCGGCAAACAACCUAGCCAGUACAGAGUCUCACGAGUCCUCCACAAGGACUAUCCGGACAGAGAGCUCAUAAACCCUUUCCCUGUUUCUCUUCUCAUAAUUGGUAGCAAGUUUGACAUCUUUCAGGACUUUGAUUCAGAGAAGAGAAAAGUGAUCUGUAAGACUCUACGCUUUGUAGCCCAUUUCUAUGGAGCAUCAUUAAUUUUCACCAGCAGUAAGUCAGAAACCACAGUGUCUAAAGCCAGGAGUUUUGUAAAUCACCUGGCGUUUGGGACUGAAAGGCCAAAGUCAAUCUCUACAGACCCCAGCAAACCUCUGGUUAUUCCAGCGGGGCUAGACUCGCUCAGUCAGAUUGGUCCACCUGUGACCUCUGAUGUUGAUAUUGGAACCCUACAUGCCAAAAACCCCUUAGACCUUUGGAAAAAAGUUUUUGAAAGGGCUUUUCCACCAGAGAACAUCAAGGAACGUAAAGAGCUGAAAGAUCCUGCCAAAAACCCUCAGUACAGUGAGCCCCUUAUAGACUCCAUGAGAGCACAGAAAGACCAGGAGCUGGAGCAGUACAAGAGAGAGCAGGCCAAGUCAUGGAAAAACGUUGCUCUGGACCCAAAGAUUUAAAUAUGACAUGUAUUUAAAUACUGGACCACAUGGACUUAGAAAUAAUGUAUGACAGGAAGAGUAUGCAUA